AUGGAGGAGAGCAUGGAGGAGGAGGAGGGCGGCGGCUACGAGGCGAUGAUGGACGACCAGAAACACAACCACAGGGAGGCCGCCGGCUUCCGCCCGCCGCCCGCCGGCCUGGCCGCCCCGGCCCGCCCGCCCCCGCCCCCGCCCCCGGCCCCGGCCCCGGCCGCGCCCGCCCCGCGCAAGGGGCUGCCCCGGGACGGGCCCGCGCCCGAGCACAACGGGGUCGUCGCGCUGCUCAAGGGCUGCGACGCGGCCGCGCUCGCCGCCCCCGCAGGGCCCAAGGCCGCCGCCCCCGGCCCCGGCCCCGGCCCCGCCGGCAACAUCAACACCUCCGCCUCCAAAUUCUUGAUGAAUGUUAUAACCAUUGAAGAUUAUAAGAGCACAUACUGGCCAAAAUUGGAUGGUGCCAUAGAUCAGCUUUUAACCCAGAGUCCUGGUGAACUGUUCAUAUCCUAUGAACAGAUAUACAGUUGUGUGUAUAAAUGUGUGUGCCAGCAGCACUCGGAGCAGAUGUAUAGUGAUCUGAUUAAGAAGAUAACCAGUCACUUACAGAGAGUCUCAGAGGAGCUGCAGGACUUCCGUCAUAGUUGCCUUUAUUUCUUCCAAAGCCAUUCGAUCGCCAUCACCUCCUUCACACCUACCUCUGCUGCCAUCACCAUGGUCUCUUCCAGUUUCUACCUUAGAACUUCCUCACUACUUCCAGAGUGA